CCCGCGCAGACGCGUGCUACCUCCUCAGCAUUUCUUGGAUACCCAUGUUCUACUCCGAAGCGAUCCUCUCCCGCCGCGGGCCCCUGGCGAAGGUAUGGCUCGCAGCACAUAUGGAGCGCAAGCUCUCCAAGACCCAAACACUCCAGACGGACAUUGAGCAGUCUGUCGACGCUAUCAUGCACCAGGAAAUCGAGGUCAUGGCCCUGCGGCUAAGCGGCCAACUGCUCCUCGGCGUCGUUCGUAUCUACAGCCGGAAGGCGAAAUACCUCUUGGAUGAUUGUAAUGAGGCACUGCUCAAGAUCAAGAUGGCAUUCCGGCCCGGCCUGGUCGACAUGACGGAAGACCAGCUCACGGUCAACCAAAAUGCCAUCACGCUGCAAAGCAACAACUUUGAUCUCGAUGCUCUUCUUCCUGACCUCGAUUGGGACACCGCAGACUUCGAGAGCAGAGACGUCCAACCAGGAGGGCAACACAUCGCUCGUGCGGCUGACAUCACCCUGGGCAACGCAGAUUUCACGUUCGACCUAGAGGACACCGGAUAUGGAUUCGACCUCGGUCCGUCGGACGGGAUUGGCUCUCAAGACUACGACAUAGAUCUGAACCUUGACUUCGGUGACGGACCUGCCCCGGCCGACCGCGCAACUCCUCGCGACGAAGAUGACGAAAUGAGCGUAGAGGUCGGACGAGACGCGGCUGCGCCGCGUCCCUUCAGAGAGUCGCUGGGUUCGCACUUGCUUGGUGCGCACGACGCUGAGGGAGACUUCGACCUGUUGUCUGUGCGGAGCAGAGCCCAAUCGGAGAACCCAUUCGGUGGACCUGAUAUCGACAUGGGCUUCGGCGACGCUGGCGGCAUGGACGUCGAUCUCGGUAUCUCAUUUGGAGACGAGCCUUUGAGCGAUCACGCACCCACUCCCCACCUCACCCCUUCGCGUGCAUCUUCCCCUCUCACUGAGCCUCCGCAGACGCCACCUCCUGAUGUGCAGCUGACGCCCAAGGCGGUUGCUGAGGAGGCAACGAAGAAGAAAAAGGAGAAGAAGCAGAUCAUCGACUCUGUCACUGAGCUUGCAGACGGCCCCGGAGCACAGGUCGGACGGGGCCGCAAUGCUGGUCUUGGUGCACCGGUGACCAAAGAUGUUAGCGAUAUUGUGACAGAGCAUUCCACCCUUCCCCGCUCGUCGCUCGUUAUGCGUCUGCUCGAAAUCAGGGACGACCCGAUCGCACACUUCCUGCCUACGAAGACGACAGCUCAGGGUACCUUCUUCUUUGCUGCACCGCCAGGUCUCGUGCCAGAACUCGCAGACAUGUUCAUGCGCCCGGUUACGAACCUGAACGCCUCCAAGCGGCGUGGUGCAUCGCCUGAGAAGCCCCCCAGCAAGAAGCGAAGAGUGGACGGCAGCGUCGCGGGCGACGAAGAAGAGCUCGAACAGGCCCGUCGCGAGGGCAGCCGCGCACCCAGUCUCGCCUUGGGCAGCGACGUGUACGGGCGCGCAAGCAUGGGCCCCGGCAUGGACUUCGCCUUCGGCGACAACAGCGGUAUGGGCGAGGACUUCCACAUGGACAUCCCCGAGUUCGAAGGCGGCGCCGUUGGGCCUGAGGCCGAGCGUGCACGAAGCAAGUCCUUGGCCCCCUCUAGCCGACUCUCGACCCCACCACCCGACGUGAUGUUGGAGGAGGGCGACGAGAGCCAUGCUGAUGUGACAUGCCCGAUCGCAGUAUUCGACGAUCGUGUCGCAUCGAGUCAAAGCCAGAGCCAGGCGCGGACGGAGCCCGCAUCAAGCGAUGACGGCAAGGGCUACAGCAAGAACACCGUGAAAGCGCUGUCGAUCAUCCGUAAGGACCUCGAGCCGUCGGCGGAGGAGCCGGCCGAAGACAAGUACAUGAGCUUCAACAACAUGGCACAGAAGGCGUCUCGUCGUGCUGCGGCUGCCUUCUUCUUCGAGCUGCUCGUACUCGGCACGCGCGACUGCGUCAAGCUCGAUCAGCCUGAGCCUUUUGCAAACAUCGAGAUCCGCGCGAAGGACAAGCUCUGGGAGCGCCAGCGCCACGACUCGUCCAUGGCCCCCUCAUCCUCCGCCAAUUUCCCUCGCGCUACCGUUGCCUCUCCCUUGGGCCACGCUCUCAGGCAGGGCUCUGCGGCGCCGUCGAUCGCGUCCGCUUUCGGUCUCUAGAUGACCGACUAUCCCAUCCUACGAUCUGUAUACGACCGCUCCAUGACGGCAUCUACGACGAAAUCUUGCUCCUCGACUACGACAUAACAUGUCUAUUGUAUAUUUCUAUCAUCUUUCCUGCCGACCUUCUUGUGUUGGACAACUACCUCGUCUACUCUUACGUACCUACCAGUCCUAUCUUGUCGUCUCUGAUGUCCCCUAGCUAUGCGCAAUGCUUGGUGUUAUUCUUCUCUAAUCUUAUGUAGUAUUGUGUAUGUUGUUGACUCCACCAAAGCUAGAGUACGUCGUAGGCUUUUGUUUGACUGCCAGUCUAUCCUACCCUGAAU